AUUCCUUUCACAUCGGUGCAGGUUCAAUCUUCGCGUUCAUGCUGUGCUCGACGCUCGUACAAGUUGCACGCGUGCCGGUAAUAAACCGUUGUUCAGGAUAACAUAACGGUCGUUCCGCUGGAUCUCCUCGAAUCUGACUACGUGAAUUCACUCGCGACCGCUGGAACAGGACAUCCUACGUAAAGAACAUCCCGUAUAACUUCCACGGAGCACGGUGAAAGCCUGUCCAUCGUUAAAAAACCAUCCAAACAUCUAAUAAUCCGAACGAAAUCAAGAUGGCUGAUGUAGCUGAGAGUGCGGCCUUCACCGAUCCGGCGACCGCAAUCUCCCACGGGAAACGUCACCUGUUGGUACGGGAUUACACAAUGGCUGUGUCCGCGUUGGAGCAAGCCUGCCAGAUGCUGGCCGAGAAACACGGCGAUACGGCGGAUGAACUGGGUGAGGCGUACUUGCUCUAUGGCCGCGCUCUUCUGGGACUGGCCAGGGAGGAAGCCGGAGUACUAGGUGGUGGAGUGCCGGGCACAGAGGGCACCGAGGAAGAUGAAGAGGAGGACGAGGAAGAAGCAGAGGAAGAAAAAUUGAGCAACGUCGACGAGAAAGAAGAGGAAGAGGGCGAUGGAGCGACCAGCGAGGAGAAGAAGGAAACCGGCGCGGGAAAAAAAGACGAGGAUUCGAAAGCUGAAAGUAAGCCACUGGAAGCUGAAAAGAAGGAAGAGAAGGCAGAACCCGUUGAAAAGAAAGAAGCGGAAAAGGUGAACGUUAAAGAGACUGACGAUACUAAAGUGAAGGGUCAGGCGGAAGGAAAACAGAAAGAUGAAGAAAAACAGAAGGACGAAGAAAAACCAGCGGCUGGUUCUAGCAAAGACGCGGGCCACGCUAAUGGACCAUCUUGUUCGCGUGAACAGAACGGAGUGGCGAACGGAGAGGAUGAAGAAGAGGAUCUGGAAAAGGAGGACGAAGAGGAAGAAGUGAACAAUUUGCAGAUUGCCUGGGAAGUCUUGGAGCUGGCGAAGGUGGUGUUGUUGAAACGCGGUCAGAUUGGUUGGAAACUCCUGGCCGACGCUUAUCGGCUCCUGGGCGAAGUAGCGAUGGAGGGUGGCAACUUCCAAGGCGCAUUGAGCGACCUGCAGAAGUGCUUAGAUCUACUGCAACAAAUUGAACCGCGGGAACCAAGGGCGAUAGCCGAGAUCCACUAUCAGUUAGCUCUGGCGCAUUCGUUGGGUAACGAGUUCGACUCCAGCAUCGAAGAAUUCUACAAGGCCACGGAACUUCUUGAAGCACGAAUCAAAGAACUCGAAGAGAUGAAGGACCCGCCGAAGACGGAUGAUUCUUUCUAUACCGUCGAAGGGGAGAUUCAAGAGUUGAAAGACCUGCUCCCGGAGAUACGAGAGAAGAUAUCUGAUAUGAAGGACUUCAAGCAGGAGGCUUGCAAGCUUGUGAUAGAAAGUAUCAGGAGCAAAGUAGCCGGCGGUUGUUCGAACGGCGCCGGACCCAGUGGCGGCAGCAGCAGCAGCAGCACAAGCGAUUCUGCGUCAAAAACCCAGAAACCCGCCAGCGAUAUAUCUCACUUGGUGCGCAAAAAGCGAAAAGGCGACGAAUCAGAACCAGAAGUGGCGUCGCCGUGCAAAAAACCGACGCCGGAGAAAACUCUUUGAAUAUGUGUGUUUUCUUUAUGGGACGUUUUUGACACGUUGUUGCUUUGUAUGGUGCGGUGAGGAAGCGAAAAUAAACUGUAUCGAUAAGUGGUACUUUUAACGUUAGACUAUAAGAAAAGAAGAAGUGAUCCUGGUCAAUGGAAAGACCGCUGGAUAUCACAAACAAGAUUUCAGGUUUUAAAAAAUAUCAGACGAGACUUAAUUUUAAUUAUUCAAUGAUCAACACGUUUUUGUAUUUUAUAUUAUUCGUUCUAUUUUCAGUUUUCUCUUCGUAAUUCGUUUUAUUUAUUUUAUGUGAGUUAAUCAACGAGGAUACUGUCUAAAUUAUCGUUCCCCUUCAUAGUCUCUUUAUAAGAUAUUUCGGAACCUUAAGGAGUAAGGCUGUUUAUGUAUAAGUCUAAUUAAUAAACGUUGCAGGAUGAUUUUUUUCUAAA